AUGACAUCGUUGAGUAUCAACGACAGAUAUUUGCGGUAUGGCGCAUCCAGUUCAGCCGAAGCCUCGACCAGCUACAAAACCCAGCUCCCGGACAAAAAGACGUUCAUUGCAACACUAUCCGGAGGCGCAUUCGUCGUUGGAUUGACAUGUGCUACCAUCUAUGGCCUACGAAAGGCUCGCUUACAAGCUCUGAAGGAAGCACAAGAGCUUGCACAGGCUUCUAUUGUCUCCACACAGCAAGCAUCAUCUUCUUCUCUCGCAUCGUCAAGGGCAAGUGCCGUUGUACCGUCAGUGCUGCGAGCUCGCUCUGCGGCAAGGGCCUCUGCAGCAACAGCAAACCGUUGGUCGCCUGCGGCAAGCGAAGCCGUGGAAGGCGACGCACAUGGCUCCAGAAGCGCUUUUGCACUGUUCAAGCAGAUGAACACUGACAUUUUUAGCCCAUCGAAGCGAGCACCAUCAGUUUCGAGCGACUCAAGCUCAAGAGCACCAACUUCAGUGUUCGACGACGAGACAGAUGCGCUGCCGAGUGUAUUGCGAAGACGGAAAGCAGGUCCUGCUGUCCCGUCCUCAGCAUCAAGCUCACAUCAAUCAGCACCGGCUCCGAUUCUUGCGUCUUGCUCCCGGUCUUCUAGCAACGAUGCUGGCAGUUCAACCGCAAGGCUACCCAAUCCCAACGAAAGCAAGAUCGACUACAGUGAAAUGGAUUCGACACUCGACUUUCUCGGUCUUUCCACACCUGUCCCCUUGGAUGAGCAACAAAGGCUCAAAGCCCUCGAAGAAGAAGCGAGUGCCGAGCAUGGCCCAAGCAGCUUCUUCCAAUCCCCCGUAGGAUUGUCGCUGAAGGCCUUCUUCAUUGCCACAUCCAUCGUCGCCAUGUCCACACUUGCAACAGUAGAAGCGGCGAAAUGGGCUUUGGACGUCAAGACAAUGGACGAAUUUGUUGUGGCCAUGACAAAGGUCAUCCCAAGCAGACGUAGCGGAGAAGCAAGUCUAGAAGGUGCAGCUCCUCACAUGCGUGUAUGUGAUCGCGAGGACUACAUACCCGGAUGCUCAGCCAGAGAGGGAGUAGCAGCACCAAAAUCAGUAGAUCAAGCACUGACAGAUCUCAGCAAGGCCUCAAGCUUCGAAGAAUGGGUUUCUACGCUCAAAAGCCAACUCGACACGGAGCGAGAUUACGAAGUGCAACGACGAUUUGCUGGCGUAUCUGCCUGGAAUGACUCCAUCUCUCCGACCUCGUCUCGAUCCUACGCAAUAAACUCGCCGCUAGAGUUGGGCGAUUCGGAAAGAAACAGAGGCCAGUCGAUGUCGUUCUUCCGUUCGGUCCUCGCCAUCUCGCCUGUACUCCCUGCCACCGCAUUUGGCCUUGGCCUAGUAUCGGGAGUGCUUACUGCGGGCAAAAGAGCGGGAUUAGUAUUUAUGGCGGAAAACGCGCACCGUCUGCCAGACACAGUGCAAGGGUGGUACUUCUACUCGAAGACCAAGAACUAUAAGGUGAUGCUCGGCGCAGCAAAGGGCGGACUGAAACAAGGCGUGAGACUGGGUAUCUGGACUACUGCAUUCUGCCUUGCUGAACAAUUUGCCAAAGUGACAAGAGCCAGUGUGCAGAAGCAAUUCAGCGGCGGUAGGGAAGGAUGGAAGGUGCUGGGUCACUGGACAGACGGUGCAUUGGCGGGAGUAGUCACUGCAGGAGCUGCCACUGCUUUGUACAGAUUGCCCAAGGCUUCAGCGAUGAGAGUUUUCCAGUUGGGAUUAUUGGCUGGCGCAAGCACGGGUGGGAUUCGAGAUUUGCAGGAGAGACUCGUUGACAGGGAAAUUGGAGGUGUUGCUAGUCACACAUAA